AUGCUGUUGUUGCUUGCGUGUCUUACGCUAAAGCAUUUGUUACAGGAGGAAAAGGAGCAGUUGAAUGAACUUGUGAUAGCAGAUGCAAAGGCAGAAUAUGCUUCAUACAGUAACUUGCUGUCCAGAGACUGGCGCUUUCCAAUUUGCACUUUCUUGGGAGAACACAUCAAAUGUCCUUGGGAAGCAGCUAUGAUGUGGUCUGAAUCAACAGUACUGGCAACUCGGCAGCAUUCUCGCCUUUUAUCAGGAAAAUUGUGUGGUUUCACGUUCUCACAACCGGACUUGUUCAAGAAAAUGAUUGAAAGUCUGCCAGCAGAUUUCACGUUGGUACACUUGGCAAUGUCGCAUAACGGCUCACUUUAUCUUGUCAAAAUGCACAAGGAUCGGGACCCUAUUGUUAUGCCACUAGCUCCAAAGGCAAAGGUGGAGGACAUAAAAUCAAUGAUGGAAAGGAUCAUUGACGAGAAUACUAAGACAAGCAGCCUUGGUAAGGUGACAAAGGAUGCAAAAGCCUUUUGGACUGCAAGAAGAGCAGUAGACAAUAAUUUGAAGAAUCUUAUUCCUCGGGUGCAAGAAAUCCUGUUAGGUGCUGCUGCACCGUUAGUUUUA